AACUAUCUGAUCAUUAAAGAUCAUCUCCAAAGUGUGCUCAUCUACAGGCCAACUGUUAAUAUAUCUCAAAUCGUGUCUGGAAAAUCCACCAUCUACAAUGGGCUGGUUCUGGGGCAAUUCGAAUCAAGAAGAUCCGACAAAAAAACUCGAUCCGGAGCUUCAAGACUACCUCAAGAAAGAAAGACCAGCUACAUACACGACGGUCGUCAGACCCUCACGAGAAACUCCCACAGAACCUCAAACACCAUCCUCACAGCCAGACACAAACAACGCCACCGAAGGCAAAUCCGCAGUCCCCGCAGCUUCUCUCUACCCCGACGGACGAUAUGCGCACCUCUGGAAAACCUACAAACCUCUAGCAGACGUCGAGGCCACCGACAAUUCAAACUCGGCACAGCGAGUAGUUGAAAGACUCAAACGUCGGAAAGAUUCAGUACAUUCAGCGGCUAUGGAGAAUUGUGCGAUUGAGCAUGAGGGUCUGACGACAUGUUUUAACAAGAGUGACUGGAUGUCGAUGAUCAAGGCUAGAGCGACCAUGUGCUCUGAUGAGAAUAGGAAGUUUUCGCGGUGCUAUACCACGCAAGCUAAAUUUCUACAAGCCCUUGGCUACGCCAGCUCAUUAGACUACGACGAAGAAAGAGAAGAACGCAUCCAAAUGCACGCAGACAAACUAUACCACCAAAUGCUCGACUACGAGAGCCGAGUCGCAGAAGCCCGAGCCGCGGGACAAGAACCUCCGCCGAUCACAUCUCUAUUCAACCCCAACGCCAAACCCGUUCCAGCGAAUGAUGGCAAGACAAUAAUAAUACCAGGGGCAGAACAACUUCCGGAGGGAUAUAAACUACCUGCAUCAUUAGACAAACUCAGUCCACAUGAGAGAGAGCUCGAGAUUCAGUCUAUCAAGGCUGAGAUUGAGCAAAAGGAGAUAUACUCGGAAGCAGCGGCUCCGUUUGUUAAAGUGCAGCAAGAAUCACAGAUGAAGAGGCAGGAGAAGGCGAAAAGUUGGUUUGGUGAGACGCUGGGGAAAUGGAUUACAUAACUUUAGUCUUCCUCAUCUUCACUGUAUAUUAUUCCAAGAUACUCCUAUGCACGAUCCUUCGGAAAUAUGGCCGAGACUAUCCGGGGGCUUGUCAGUGGCAUAUCCAUGUAACAGGAGUAGCUUCACGCAUCUAAUCAUGUGAUACUCAAUGCAAUGCUUCAUUGAUGCAGAC